UUUUUGAAUUUCGUAUUUGAACUAUUUCAAAUUCUUUAACUUGGUUUCCAAGUUAUGUAUGUAAACUUAUAAAUAGAUGAUAACUCCAUGUCCGCAGACUCUCCGGUCAUGGCCCCAUGGCGGCCCUACAGUGAACAUCACGGCGGCAUACCUGACGCUGUCUUGGUUAAAAUCUUGCUUGCCAUAUAUAUUAGCCUUUUCGUCUUCAUGUUCUUGGGGAGCUUCUUCACCCGGCAUCCUUAUUUCCGCAACAACCACCGCAGUUCUUCAAGUGGGCUCAACGCUUCCAUAUUGAAGUCACUCCCCCCUGUAUUUGUUUACUCCAAAACCAAAACCGAAACCAAAGUUGUGGAAGAUUGUGCUGUCUGUUUGUCGGAGUUUGAAGAGAGUGACAAGUGUCUGGUUUUACCCAAUUGUAAACAUUGUUUUCAUAGUGCCUGUAUUCACAUGUGGUUUUCUAAUCAUUCAACCUGCCCGCUUUGCCGCUCACCUGUUGUUAUUGUGGAUCAAGUAACUACGCCUCAUCCUGCUACUGCCUCAUCCAUCCAAACAACAACAACAACGUCGGAACCAGCUGUAGUUGAUGUUAGAAUAGACAUUGUGCCUGUUAACGUUAACGAGACGGAGCCAGAGAGUCAGAUCAAGAGUCAAGUUGAAGAAGCAGAAGAAGAAGAAGAAAUUAGUAUUAACAUGAGUCAGUCUCUUGUUUGAUUAAUUUCAUGCAAUUAGAAAUACAUACC